AUGAGGAACUUUAUCUUGCUCCUUAUUCUUACUGUUGCGAUCUUAAUUAGCUUUUCUUCCGCCACACAACACCUAACAUCGAGAAAAAGUGAAAUUCCCGGCGAGUCUCGUCUCUUUACACUGACCUCAAACAACACGGGUAAGUUGGUUUGCCCAACUGGAACUUUCAAAUGUAAAGACAAGGCUGGUAGAUGUUGUCCAGAUGGUACCGAGUGUCUACCCUAUGCCAAAUGUGGGGGAAAAGGCAAUGAUACUGGUGGAAAUACUGGUGGGAAUAAACCCGGUAAUCCGGUAAAUAACAAUGUGGUAAACACAACCCCAGGAAGCGAUAAUACAGAUGCUACGCCUUCAGGAAGUGACGGUACCACACCCACUGUCGAUAAUGCCAAGGGGACAACGAAGGGCGGCGACGAACCCAUCAGCGGCGGCAAAGGCGGCAACGAACCCACCAGCGGCGAAGAUGGGGUAUCAAACCCUGUCAAAAAAUCUCGGUCAAGCAGUAACUUCUCUACCAGUUAUCCGAAAUCAAUAACUCCUCUACCAGAUAUCCGAAAACAACCAGGGUUCUUCCCCGUACCACAGUAA